AUGGCCACCACCAUCAGCAAAAAGUCUCCAAAGUUCGAGCUAGUCAGCUGCACAGUGAAGGGCCUGGUGUGGGAGCCUGAGGACGGGCUAACGCGACCGUCAAGGGCUCGGACCAUGCCGGCGGUCUGUCAGCGCUGGCAGCCGGCAACCACACACAUGGUCACCACAUUCGGCACGCUCAGCCCCCGGAAUGGCGAACGUAACGAAGGUGGCGGAUCUUCGGGGGAGUGCACCUUCAACCCCUCGGACUUCGAGGUGGACUUUUUCAAGACGUGGGUGACGACUCCGCCGACCGAGUUCGGCGACCAUGUUCUAUGGCGUGUGAACGUAUGGUGCCAGCAACAUCCAUAUGUGGAAUUCAAUUGCGGAGGCAGACUCUAUUCGUUCCGAGUCGACAUCGUCGCGCGGCCGAAGGCAGACGUCAUUGCCGCUACCAAUGAUCAAUUGCUUCAAGCCAUGCAAGCACACGAUGUGUUUGACCCGGAGAACACAGCUUUCGGGACGAGCUGGCGGCAGCGUACUAAGGACGAGGUCACAAAUAUCCGCAAGGUCAUAAAUAUCCGCAUCUUUGUCACGAUCCAAACUGCUACCGGUGAAUUGAUCAAGGUCGAACCCCCGGCGACGUCGUAA